AUGCCAACCUAUCAAAUCCCAGUCCCAGUCCCCAAUAAUCCAAAUGUUUUGCCUAGCCUGCCUACACACCCUUCCGUAACAUUCCAAACUCCACCAGUCUAUACAAUCUCUGAGCCAUGUCCUAGCUUUCCAGUUCAACCGGAGCUUGAUCACUAUGAAGAAAUGGAGAAGGAGUGGAGGUUGAGAGAAGAAAAGCGUGAACAAGAGAUGAAUGUUAUGAAGGAUGCCAUCUCCGAGGCAGUAAAAAGUGUCCAAUCUUCGAGGAAGAUAACAGGACUUGAGUAUGAGGACCUUUGCAUGCACCCUGACUUGGAAAUACCCGAAGGUUAUAAAAUUCCAAAAUUUGAAACCUUCAAUGGUAUUGGCAAUCCCAUGGCUCACCUACGAGCUUAUUGUGACAAACUCGUGGGUAUCGGGAAAAAUGAUGCAUUGAUUAUGAGGUUGUUUAGUCGAAGCCUCAGCGGGGAGGCGUUAGAAUGGUUCACAUCUCAAGAACUCCGUCAGUGGUCUACAUGGGGGGCUCUGGCCAAAGAUUUCUUGGAGAGAUUCCAGUUUAAUGUCGAAGCUGUCCCUGACAGAUAUUAUUUGGAAAAGAUCAAGCAAAAGUCCACGGAGGACUAUCGUGAAUAUGCGUGCCGCUGGAGGAAAGAAGCUGCAAAGGUACAACCUGUGAUGACUGAAAAUGAAAUAACCUCUGCUUUUAUUCGAGCUCAGGAGCCCGAGUAUUAUGAAAGGAUGUUGCCUAUGAUGGGACAGAAGUUUUCGAAGCUUAUCAGAAUGGGAGAGGCAAUAGAAGAUGGCCUCAAGUCUGGAAAGGUUACAAGUCUCACUGCCUUGCAGGCCGCCAACAAAUCCUCACCAUCCAUGGCCACAGGAUUCGCUAGGAAAAAGAAAGAGGACGUGUCUGCUAUAUCUUUUAGCCCGAGGCCAAGGCCGCAAAUGUAUUUUGGGUCUGGUUCUGCCAUUGGAAACUCCAACCGAUUCCCCACCUCAAAUAUUUACCCAUCAUCUCCACAAGCUCCAAUCCCAAUCUACUAUGCACAACAGAACUACCAAGCACCACCGCCCAUCUACCAAAAUCAACCACUAAGCUACCAAAAUAUACUACCAAAUCACCAAGCCAAUGCACCAGUCUACCAAAAUCCCGGACCAAACAACCCAAAUGCCAAUAAUCUACCCUGUCCUAACCUCGAAAGAAAGCCUCCUAGAGUUUUCACCCCUUUGGUAGAAACACGUACCCAACUCUUUGAGCGUCUAAGAGCGGCAGGAUUGAUCCAACCAGUAGACGCAAGGGCAAUUAAUCCCACAACAAAGUUCUUUCGAGCAGAUCAACGUUGUGCGUACCAUUCUAGAGGGGUAGGACAUGAUACAGAAGCAUGUAUCAAUCUGAAACAUAAGAUUCAAGACUUGAUCGAUAACAGGGUCAUCACUCUCCAAGCCCCUGCCCCCAAUGUGAACCUUAACCCAUUGCCGAAUCACGAAGGAGCUACCAUCAACAUGAUUGAAAAAGACGAAGAUUGGCUUGCUAAUGGGACUAUCGGUGAAGCAGUUGUCAACUCACUUAUACNCCCAUUGCUGAAUCACGAAGGAGCUACCAUCAACAUGAUUGAAAAAGACGAAGAUUGGCUUGCUAAUGGGACUAUCGGUGAAGCAGUUGUCAACUCACUUAUACCAACAGUGGCCUCAUUGACCAUAAAGGCCCGCCCAGAGUUUGUUGUAAUAACUGCACCUCAUCAGGCAUUUGCUUUGGUGAAGGAAAGAAGCAAUGAGCAGUUCGAAGAAAAGUUUGUUGUCCAGGCGGCCACCGCACAAGGGAUGACACGCUCUGGAAGAUGCUACAUUCCAGAAGAACUAACUCAAGAGAUACGAAGAAAGGAGAACCAGAAAAGGCCGAUCACAGAGGGUGAGGCUGAAGAGUUUUGGCGAAGAAUGCAGCCCAAGGAGUAUUCCAUUGUCAAGCAUUUAGAGAAGACUCCCGCUCAAAUUUCUAUUUGGGCUCUAUUAAUGAGUUCUGAGUACUAUCGAAAAGCACUGUUGAAGGUAUUUGAUGAAGCAUAUGUGCCGACGGAAACAAGUGGUGAGAAUCUGGCCACCAUGGUAAGUCAUGUCAUUGGGAGUCAUCAAAUCUCUUUCCGAGAAGAGGAGUUGCCACUUGAAGGGGUUAUGCACAACCGUGCCUUGUAUAUCACUGUCAAAUGCAGGGACAAGUUUGUAGCUCGAGUAUUGAUUGAUAAUGGCUCAGGGCUCAAUAUCUGCCCAUUAUCAACCCUGACUCAACUAAAAUAUGAUGUAGGAAAAAUCCGUCAAAGUCACAUGAAUGUAAGGGCGUUUGAUGGUUCGCAAAGAGAGACCAUGGGGAAAUAG